AUGUCGGCCAAGGAAGACGUCCCAUACUACGAGAACACGAGCCUGCUACAGAAAAAUGAAAAUUUCUUCAACUAUUACAUCCAUCAGAAAAUAAUCAACGAAGAUGAAGUGGAAAAUUUUAUGACAGUUAUAAACACAGAAUUACCAAUCACAUUUCGCGUUCUGAACAACAACAAGUACAGCAAUUUUAUUCACGAAAAUAUAAAAAAGAAAUUGGAACAUCUUUGCAAGGACAACUAUGCAAUUACAAAGUUGAAUGAAUGGGACCAGAUGUAUGAGAUAUACUUGACUAGGUCCCAAAUUAAGAAAGAUGAAAAUUAUAAAAAUUUGUACAACUAUUUAAUAAACUUAAAUGAGAGCGGGUACAUAUUUAGACAGGAGCUGGUAAGCAUGUUGCCAGUGUUGUUUCUGAAGCUGAAAGAAAAUUAUUUUGUUCUGGACAUGUGCGCAGCACCUGGCUCUAAGACUGCUCAAAUUGUGGAUUACAUGCACCUCAUUAGCAAAAGAAAUGUGAAAAAUUAUUUGAUUCGGAAAUUUAUUCAGAGGAACUCGUCCCCUUUGAGCGGGUCCCUUGGAGGUGUGCACACGUCGGAGGGUGAAGGGAAUGCCAAUUUAGUCGAUGACGAUAGCAGCCUAAGCGGCGAUGAUAGCAUCCAACUUGGUAACGGUAGCAGUGAAAGUGGCAUUCGCUUGAACAACAACCAUGAAAAUACCCCUUCUGAUGAGAAGAACAAUCUGUACAGAAGUCUGCACGACGCACUAGACGGAAAUCAAUACGACGAUGAAUUUUUUAAGUACAUCCUCAACGCAGACAACCAUUUGUACGGACACUACAAGGAACUGAUUUCAAAUAGUAACCCCACUGGAGUCGUCAUCGCUAAUGAUGCGAACUUUAAGAGGUGUUGCAUGUUGUUCCAUCGGCUAAAAAAUAUACACAGCAAUUGCCUAGUGGUAACAAACAACAACGCAAUUAAUUUCCCUUAUAUUUAUAUGAAGGAUGAUGAGGGAAAUACAAAUGAGAAGAGGUACUUUGACUCCGUUUUAUGUGAUGUCCCGUGCAGUGGUGAUGGGACCGUGCGAAAGGACAGAAAUAUCUGGUUAAAUUGGAACCCAUUUAAUGCCUACAAUUUAUUUCAAAUGCAAGUUAGUAUUUUAAAAAGGUCUAUCGAAUUGACCAAGGAAGGUGGAAACAUUGUGUACAGCACAUGCUCUCUAAACCCGAUUGAAAAUGAGGCAGUUAUUUGCGAAGUUUUCAAUUCGGUAGAAAAUAGGAACUGCCUGAAAUUAAUGAACUUUGGAAACGAACUUAUAGACAAAUUAAAUUUUAAACAAGGUAUAACUGAAUGGAAAGUGAUGAUGGAUGAUCAGUGGUUUGAUACGUAUGAAGAGUAUUGUAGUUAUUUGCAAAAUAAGGAACAUGGAAAAUAUAAAAAAAUUUACGACAAAAUACAACAGGGGAUGUUUACUCCGGGAGAGGAAUUCAUGAAUGAAAUUAACUUGAAAUACGUGAAGCGAUUUUUUCCUCAUCAUUACAACGCGGGGGGUUUUUUCAUAGCAGUUAUUAAAAAGUGUGGGAAGCCCCAGUGGAAGGAAGAAAAAAAAAAAAAAAAAAAAAAAAUUUACACGAAAUUAAACAAGGCGGAUAAGGACGAAUAUAGGAAAAAGUACAAAUAUAGAAGACAUAAAAAAGGAAGCAAAAAAAAGGACAAGGGAAAAAAUGGAAACAUUAUUCCAUCCCAUGAGGUAAAUAAAAAUUGUACUGAACAAAAUGGGAAUACCGAAUCGAUGGAUGGUGUUGUUUACAUUUCUGAUUAUGUUUCCAAGCAGUCCAGAGAAAGUGAUCAAGGUAAAAUAUUUUCCUCAGACAAUAACCUACAAAUGAGUAAGAGCGCACAGGCGGUGGAGCAGAACGAUCUGGAAGAUAAUUACAACGUAAUUGGCAUUGACGAUGUGAUGACUAGCUACAAUGUUGUGACGAGCAACGAAGUUACGAACAAAUACAACCUCAUUGACAAUGACAAUUUGAGUAGUAACUACAAUAUGAUAGACAGUGACGACAUGGUGAGGAGUUUCCAGCCAGUUAGAAGACACGGAGGGGAUGUAAUAAAUCUCAUUAAUAGGCGGAGUGAGGAGGCACUGAGAAGUUACAUAGGUGGUGAGGUUGAUAGCACGUCGGAAUGUAAAGUGGGGAGCGAAGGGGAAGAGGAAACUGAGGGAGAGAAGGAAGAAAAAGUAAUUUUGGGUUCGAAAAAUGAUCCACAAAAUGAGGAAGCGGAAGGAGCCCAGCGGGAGGAGCGCAAAAUGACCAAGCAACAAGAGUACGUGAGCCUGGAGUACUAUGAGAAACUGCGCCCAACGCACGACCUUCUAAAUAGAGUAAAAAACUAUUUCAACCUGAAUGACAAUUUUAUGUCCAUAAAAAAUAAUUUGUAUAUUCACCUGAAGGAUGACUCCAAUUUUGCAAAAUUAUCGAUCGACGAGAGGAUCAAUGUGAACAUCAAGAAGAUAAAUUUGGUCAGCAAGCACACCAAGGAUAUCCUAGAGUGUUACACAAAAAUAAAGCUGAAGAUUAUCAGCGCGGGGAUAACCGUUAUCCAGAUAGAUAAGAAUAAAAAGAACGGAGUGGAAAACUACUACCGAAUAAACUACAGUGGGUGCUUGAAUUUCUUGCCUUUCUUUAAAGAAGUUGAUACAUUUUUGCUGGACAGGACAUGUAGGGAGGAAAUUAUAAAAAGUUAUUUUGCUCCUGUUUAUGAGAAUGACCAGAGGGUGUUUGACUUUGAAGGUUACAUGAACCAGCUGAUCGGUGAGCGGAAGAGCACCCUGUCCAGGGCCGUGGCCAAGGCCAAGGCGGCAGGGGAAGCUGAACGUAAGGCAGAUGUGAAGGAGGAGGAUGCAGAUAUAGAAGCAGAAGUGAAGAAGGAAGGCGAAGCAAAAGAGGAAAACCAAAACGAAGCCAGGGUGGAAAAAACAGAAGAGCCCAUCACGGACCACCAAGAAGGGGAAAGUGACGUAAACACCAUUUGGGUGAAAAGCGAUGCCAUCCUAGAUCUUAUAAAAGUAGAUAAGUCGAAAAUAAAUAACAUCACGAAAGACACCAUUAGACAGACGGCAAAACUGACAAAACAUUCUCCAAAUAUUCUGUUAACCCUCAAUAGGAAUAAACAAAUUUUGGCUAUCCCUGCAAAUAAGGGAAACUUGUUUGUGGACAUUAGCAUUGAUAAGAACUCCAUCAUCAUGCUGCCAUACAUCUUAAACUAG